AUGGCACCACUUUUCGAUCCCAAAGAGAAGCAGCUAUCAGUAGCAUUCGUAUGCCUAGGCAAUAUGUAAGUGUCGCUCACACACACCGCAAUGAAGUAAAAAAAAAAAAAAAAAGAAAAAAAACUCAAUCUCGAGACGUACUAACACACACACAAAAAAAGAUGCCGGUCACCAAUGGCAGAAGCGAUAUUCAAGCAUAAAGUCCAACAAGGCGGGUACGCUCCGUAUUUCAAGAAUAUAGAGUCCUUCGGCACUUCAGGGUGGCACAUUGGCGAGUCGCCCGACUCGCGUUCAGCGCGCACUUGUCGCAAACACGGCGUUCCUGUUGCGCACCAUGCGCAACAGAUCAGCAGCAAGGAUUUCGAGCGGUUUGAUUUCGUGAUUGGCAUGGAUGAGAGCAAUUUGAGCGACUUGAAGUAUAUGCGGCCCAAGGGCAACAAAUCCGUCGUUGACGUGUUUGGCAGAUGGAGAAGCAACAUGGAGUUCGACAGGAUUGUCAGCGAUCCGUACUAUGGAGGCAAUGACGGUUUUGAAUACAACUUCAAGCAAAUUUCACAUUUUUCGGAUGAGUUUUUGAAGAAUGAAGUUGGUACUUUGGAAUAG